AUGGAAACCAUACCGUUAGCAACGGACCCUUGUCCACCACAUGACCCCGAUCCGUGCAGUUGUAUGGAAACCAUGCAGUUCGACACGGAUCCAUGUCCACUUAACGAAGAUAACCACGAUCCUUGGAGUUGUAUGGACACUAUACAGUUAGCAACGGACAAUUGUCCACCACAUGACCCCGAUCCAUGGAGUUGUAUGGAAACCAUACAGUUCGCAACGGACAAUUGUCGACCUAACAAAGAAGACCCCGAUCCAUGCAAGUGUAUGGAAACUAUACAGUUAGAAACGGCACCUGGUCCACCUAAUGACUGCGAUUCAUGCAGUUGUAUGCACACUAUACCGUUAGAAACAGACCCGUUUCCACCUAACGCAGAGGACCCCGAUCCAUGGAGUUGUAUGGAAUCCAUACAGUUAGCAAUGGACCCUUGUCCACCGAAUGAAGGUGACCCCGAUCCAUGGAAUUGUAUGGAAACUAUACAGUUAGAAGAGGAACAGAGUCCUGCCCCUACUGUUCCGGGGGCCGCGAAGUCGUACUGCACCCAAUGGAUUAACUGGAUUGACUGCAACAAAGCUAUUCUGCGCGAGUGCACCACGCAGCCGUGGUUUAAUGCUCUCAAAUCGGCAUGGAGACAAUACCUGCGUGAGCACAUGGUGGCAAACGGAGCAUCCGGUGAGCACUGGCAAGCCGCAACCAUGGAAAGCAAGAAGCACGCAUGGAAAGCAUGGGUAGCGCAACAACAUCGGCAACUGCGUAUGUAUACGGAGGAGUGGUUCCAACAUUUGUUGCAUAAUGUAGAGGAGCAGACAGUAACGGCAACAGGCGAAAGCCCUGGAGUGGAAACAUUAAUGGGAAAAGAAGAUGUGCUACGCGUGACACAUGCACAACCGUCCCAAUCACUGCAUCCGCCACCGGACAUGCAAAAAACGUUAACCGCUAAAACAUGGAUACUGAUCCUGGCAUUCGUCAUAGAACAGUGCGAAGUCGAACGCAGUUUGCAGGAGAAGGAGUUAUGUGUGGAUGACCUAUUGGAGCAACUGUGA